AUCAUGAAGACUGCUGUGGUAUUAGCUACUCUUGUAGCACUCGCUUUGGCUUCGCCUCAGUGGGUCUACAAAACCAAGCCGGUUGACCAUGACCUGGUGUUGAAGCAGAAGCAGAUCCUCAAUCUGUUCCACUUCCCCGGUCAAGUCGAUACUGAGGCUGAGUACUACAAGAUCGGUCAUGACUUCAGCAUCGAAGAACACAUCGACCACUACACGAACAAGAAGGCCGUCGAAGAAUUCCUAGAACUCUUCAAGACUGGCUUCCUUCCCAAAAAUAAGCCCUUCUCAGUCUUCUACGAAAGACAACGUGAAGAGGCUGUAGCUCUAUUCCACCUGUUCUUCUACGCCAAGGACUUUGAAACCUUCUACAAGACUGCAGCUUUCGCUCGCAUCUACAUGAACGAAGGUCAAUUCUUGUACGCAUACUACAUUGCUUUGAUCCACCGCGAAGACACCAAGUCUUUGGCUUUACCCGCACCAUAUGAAGUAUGGCCAAAACUCUUCACCAACCUGGAUGUAUGGCAAAGAGUAUACCGUACAAAGAUGCAAGAAGGUACUUUCACCCCAGACUUCGGAAUGGACCAAGGAGUUAUGGUUGAGGACGACCGUUACGUGAUCUACGCCAACUACUCAGACUACACUACAUACCACAACGAUGAAUACAAGAUCUCAUACUUCACGGAAGAUAUUGGCCUUAACGCCUACUACUUCUAUUUCCACGCUUACUUCCCCUUCUGGAUGGACAGCCAAGACUACGUUACAUUGAAGGAACGUCGCGGUGAAGUCUACUUCUAUGCUUACCAGCAAAUUUUGGCUCGUUAUUACCUGGAACGUCUUGCCAAUGGCAUGGGUGAAAUCCCUGACUUCUCCUGGUGGGAACCCAUCAAGACUGGCUACAGCCCGUACAUGAGCUACUACCACUCAUUCGUCCAGAGGCCCGAAGAAUUCCUGAUCCCAUACGGAAAGAAAUCUGAGGAGCUCCAACUCUUGGACACCUACGAAAAGACCUUCAUCCAAUACCUCGAGAGGAUCCACUUCAAGGCAUACAACCAGGAAAUUGACCUGCGCAACUCCAAGUCUGUCAACUUCGUUGGCAACUUCUGGCAAGCUAAUGCUGAUCUCCACUCCAAGAUUAUGCCCAACGACAACCACAACUCUUACGAAGUGACCGCCCGACACAUCCUUAGCGCUGCUCCUGAACCAAUCAACAAAUACAACUUCAUUCCUUCCGCGUUGGACUUCUACCAGACAUCCAUGCGUGACCCCAUCUUCUACCAGAUGUACAGCAAGAUCAUGAAAUACAUCAUCGAGUACAAGAAAUACUUGACCCCGUACACCCAGGACAUGCUUCACUACGUUGGAGUCAAAAUCAACAGCGUCAAGGUCGACAAACUGGUCACCUUCUUCGACUACUACAACUUCGAUGUCAGCAACGGUCUCUACUUUACCAAGGAGGAGAUGAAAUCCAACCACCAAUCCUACUUCGUCCGCCAACCUCGUCUCAACCACAAGCCCUUCACCGUCAGCGUCGACGUCAAAUCCGACGUUGAAGGUGACGCGGUCUUCAAGAUCUUCCUCGGUCCCAAAUACGACAGCAAGGGCUACCCCAUUAGCCUAGAAGAUAACUGGCAAAACUUCGUGGAACUGGACUGGUUCGUCCACAAACUCGUCAAGGGACAGAACAAGGUGGAGCGCUCGUCUACCGACUUCUUCUUCUACAAGGAGGACUCCGCUCCGGUCUACACCGUGAACAAGAUGCUCACCGAGGGCAAGCUGCCCAGCGACAUGACACCCGAGUCAUACAACGGCGACUUCCCCAAGAGGCUGCUGCUGCCUAAGGGUAGCAAGGGCGGUUUCCCCUUCCAGCUGUACGUGAUGGUUUACCCAUACGAGCCAUCGACUGUCAAACUGGAAGCCAUCAAGAACUUGGAGCUCGACAACAAGCCUUUCGGCUACCCCUUCGACCGUCCCGUCCACGAGGUAUACUUCAAGCAGCCCAACAUGUACUUCGAGGAAGUCGAGAUCUUCCACGAGGGAGAGGACCUGCCAUGGAAGUACAAUAUCCCCUUCAACACACAACACUACAACGACGUCAACAAGCACUUACCUUCUGGUCUGUCCAAGAUGAAGACUGCUGUGGUACUUGCUGCUCUUGUAGCGAUCGCCCUGGGAAGCGCCAUCCAAGCUCCCGAGCAUCACUACAAAACUAAGACUGUUGACAAUGAGCUGGUUCUCAAGCAGAAGGAGGUCCUGAAGCUGUUCAUGCACAAGGGCCAGGUGGAUACCGAGGCUGACUACUACAAGCUCGGCGCCAGCUACCACUUGGGUCAGCUCAAUGUAGACGACUACACAAACAAGAAAGCCGUUGAGGAAUUCUUGGAACUGUACAAGAGUGGUUUCAUGCCCAAAAAUGUACCUUUCUCGAUCUUCUACGAGAGACAAAGGGAGGAAGCCGUCGCUCUAUUCCACCUCUUCUUCUACGCCAAGGACUUCGAAACCUUCUACAAGACCGCAGCAGCAGCUCGCAUCUCGAUGAACGAGGAACAGUUCUUGUACGCUUACUACGUCGCCCUCGUCCACCGCCCAGACACCAAGGUCUUGGCUCUCCCAGCACCUUAUGAAGUAUGGCCGAAACUCUUCUCCAACUCUGAUGUCUGGCAAAGGCUGUACCGUACAAAGAUGCAAGGAGGUCUUAUCACCCCAGACUUUGGAAUCGAACAGGGCGUUAUGCUCGAAGACGACCACUACGUAUUCUACUCCAACUACUCCGACUACUCCACUUACUCUCACGAUGACUUCAAGAUCUCCUACUUUACCGAAGACAUUGGACUUAACGCCUACUACUUCUACUUCCACGUCUACUUCCCAUUCUGGAUGAACGGAGACGAGUACCCCGCAAUGAAGGAACGUCGUGGUGAAGUGUACUACUACUUCUACCAGCAGAUCUUGGCUCGCUACUACUUGGAGCGUCUUGCCAAUGGCAUGAGCGAAAUCCCCGACUUCUCCUGGUGGGAACCCAUCAAGACCGGCUACAGCCCGUACAUGAACUACUACCACUCGUUCGUGCAAAGACCAGAACACUACUCAAUUCUGUACACCAAGAAAGCCGAGGAGAUGCAACUUUUGGACACUUAUGAGAAGACUUUCAUCCAGUACCUCGAGAAGAUCCACUUCAAGGCUUACAACCAAGAAAUCGACCUCCACAACUCGAAAUCGGUCAACUUCAUUGGAAACUUCUGGCAAGCGAACGCUGAUCUCCACGGCAAGAUGAUGCCAAGUGACAACCAUAACUCCUAUGAAGUUACCGCCCGCCACAUCUUGAGCGCUGCCCCUGAACCAGUUGACAAAUACUCCUUCAUCCCAUCAGCCCUGGACUUCUACCAAACUUCCAUGCGCGACCCUAUCUUCUACCAGAUGUACAGCAAAAUCAUGAAAUACAUCAUGGAGUUCAAAAAAUUCUUGACCCCAUACACCCAGGACAUGCUCCACUAUGUUGGAGUGAAGAUUAAUAGCGUGAAAGUAGACAAGCUGAUCACUUACUUCGACUUUUACGACUUCGAAGUCACCAACGGUGCUUACUACAGCAAGGAGGAGCUUAAGUCUAAGAACAAUCCUUACUACGUCGUACGUCAACCACGUCUUAACCACAAACCUUUCACCGUAACUGUAGACGUUAAGUCUGACAUCGAAGGCGACGCCGUUGUCAAGAUGUUCUUAGGUCCCAAAUACGACAGCAAGGGCUACCCCAUCAGCAUCGAAGACAACUGGCAAAACUUUGUUGAAUUGGACUGGUUCGUUCACAAAUUGGUGAAGGGAGAGAACAAGAUUGAGCGUAUGUCUAGCGACUUCUUCUUCUACAAGGAAGACUCUGCUCCCAUUCGUGAAAUGUACAAGAUGCUCGCUGACAACAAACUGCCAACUGAUAUGUUGAUGGAAUCUGGCUCCUUCCCCAAGAGGCUGCUCCUGCCUAAGGGCACCAAAGGUGGUUUCCCCUUCCAACUGUAUGUGAUUGUGUACCCAUACCAAGCCAGAGACACCAAGAUUGAUGCUAUAAAAUCUUUGGAAAUGGACUCCAAGCCUAUGGGCUAUCCGUUCGACCGCCCAGUUCACGACCUGCACUUCAGACAGCCAAACAUGUACUUCGAGGAUAUCGAAAUCGUCCACGAAGGUGAAGACUGGACAUGGAGGUACAACGUGCCCCAUUACAUUUCCCACGACAAUGAAGUCAAAAAACACUAAAGGAGAGAGAAAGAUUACCUAACAUGAAUGGAUGAUACUAUUUAGUUCUGUAA